GCCGAUAUCAGCCAGCCGGGCACAGCCGAGGUAUCCGCAGUCCCCCACUCACCACGCACCGGUCGGUGGGCAGAAUAUAUAGACCGGGACGCACAGUCGUGGACGCCCUCGUACCUCUUCGCUCACCAUGAUGACUGAGAAGACCCCCAAGAUGGCCCCCGAGCCCUGCUGCAACUGCGGCCACCUCCCGGACGGCAAGGACGAUGUACCGAGCCGCCGCGCCUCCUUCCGCCCCGAGGUGCGCCAGACAAUCACGGGUGCGAUUGACGGGCUCAAGAAGGAGCUCACCGACGUGUCGCUGUACAUCCACGCCAACCCCGAGCUGGCGUACAAGGAGGAGAAGGCGCACGCCAAGCUGUGCGACUACCUCGCGAGCAAGGGGUUCAAGGUGCACCAGAUUCCUGAGGUGCCCACCGCCUUCAAGGUGUCGUACACGCGUGGCAGCGGAGGACGCACCUUCGGCCUGAACUCGGAGUACGACGCGCUGCCCGAGAUCGGGCAUGCGUGCGGGCACAACCUCAUCGCAAUCUGCGGCGUCGGCGCCCUUCUGGCGAUGCAGAAGGCAAUGGAUGCCCACGACAUUGAUGGCACCGUAGUGCUUCUCGGCACGCCCGCCGAGGAGGGAGCCGGUGGCAAAGUCGACCUCCUGAACGCGGGGGCGUACGAGGGCAUCGGCGCCUGCAUGAUGCUCCACCCCGGACAGGGCGGCGAGGCGUCGGGAGGCGCAGUUAUCCGCUCCCUCGCAUAUCAGCACAUUGGCGUCGAGUACACGGGCAAGCCCGCGCACGCGGGACUCGCACCGUGGGAGGGCAUCAACGCCCUCGACGCCGCGUGCACCGCCUACGUCGGCAUCUCCGCGAUGCGGCAGCAGCUCAAGCCUGAGGUGCGGGUGCAGGGCGUUAUCUCGGACGGCGGAGGUAAGGCGCCUAAUAUCAUCCCCGCCCGCUCGCAAAUGGACUAUCUCGUGCGUGCGCCGACAGCUGCCGAUCUGGAGCUUGUCGCGGAGAAAGUUACGGGAUGUUUUGAGGGCGCGGCGCGCCAGACAGGCUGCGGCGUCAACAUCGACCGCGAGGUGCUCAUGUUUGAGCUGCGUAACGACAAGGCACUCUCUCACGAGUAUGCCCAGGUUAUGGGUGAGAUGUGGGACAUCCCCGUGCGCAUUCUCCUCGACCAGAGCAUGGGCGCCUCGACCGACUUUGGCAACGUCACUUUCUCGAUGCCCGCCUGUCACCCAAUGUACAUGAUCCCUGCAAAGGGGGGCAAUCACACGCACGAAUUCACGGCCGCGACGAGGACAGAGCGCGCACACGAGGAGAGCUUCAAGGCUAUGGGCGCGAUGGCGGCGGUUGGCCUGCGCUACCUUGCUGACGAGACAUUUGCCAAGGAUGUCCAGUCCACGUGGGAGACAAAUAUGAAGGAGGUCAAAGAGGAGGAGCAGCGCAUCCUCGGGAAGAAGUAGGUUGCUUGACUGUAGUGCUGUAGCGUAUAUUGGGCUGGUUGUGAGAGCUGCCGCUGAAUACUGUGGGAAGCUUUGAGCGCCGUAUCACGG